AUGUCUUCCAGCCAAUCUUUCCCGCCGUUCAAUGAGCCGGUAUCCUUGGACCUGGAACAGUUCCUAACGGUAACGGACAGUCGACAUACGCAAAGCGACUCGCUCGCUAUCUCACCACAGAUGGAUGUGCUCGGCAACCCUCAGUUCGCAGACUUCUCUUUCGACGCAUUUCAUACAGCGGAAAAUGGACUAUCAGAGGAUUCGACCUACAAUCUCGCGAGACAGAAUCUGGGGUCCGACCGUAGAAACUCAGUAAAGUCCCUUCGCCAGGACCACCGGGGUUCUGUUGCUUCCAUACCCGACCACCGGGCUUCCAUAUCCUCCAUUGUUCCUCCUCUACACCAUGCUGGCCUUAGCAAUGGGCGGCAGACGGGCAGUGAUGGCUCGGAUGAUGCAAGCCCUGCGAGCACUCGAGCCGGUGGUCUACUAGAUGGAGGUUUCAACGACGAGUUUGGCCUGGGCAAUGGAGCUGUGGAUGGGAGUGAUUUGGGGUCCAGGAUGAAGGAGGACAAGAACGAUCCGCAUCCUCCGUGGAGCGAGUUGAAGACCAAGGCAGGAAAGGAACGCAAGAGGUUACCCCUGGCAUGCAUAGCAUGCCGGCGAAAGAAGAUUCGUUGCUCGGGAGAGAAGCCGGCAUGCAAGCAUUGCCUUCGCUCACGUAUCCCCUGUGUUUACAAAGUCACUACGCGGAAAGCCGCACCCAGAACUGAUUACAUGGCGAUGCUCGACAAGAGGCUGAAGAGGAUGGAGGAAAGGAUCAUCAAGAUUGUGCCCAAGCAGGAACAGGACGCGACGACAACACCUGUCACUAGAGCCGUUGUAAAGCCGGCGAUCCCUGGCACGACCCCUAGUAGGAGUGCGAGUGGGAAAAAGCGCGUGGCUGAUGAAGCAUUCGGCCAAGAGCUUGAAAAUUGGUCGAGAUCCGCCGCAUCAAAUCCAGUCGUAGGUGGAGCGUCGAAACCAGCCAUACUCGUGACGCAGGAGGCUGAAGAGCAUCGACUCGUAACCGAAGGUGCCGAAAAACUGCCAACGAAGGAGCUUCAAGAGCAUCUCUCCGAGACUUUCUUUGAAAACGUCAACGGUCAAACGUAUCAUCUAUUACACAAACCCAGUUUUAUGAGAAAGCUUAGAGCCGGGACUGUGCCUCCAGUCUUGAUACUAGCGGUCUGUGCUAUAUCUGCACGCUUUUCAACACACCCAAAGCUCAAUACAUAUCCUGCGUUCCUGAGGGGCGAGGAGUGGGCAGCUCCGGCUCGUGCUAUAGUUGUGAGACGGUACGAGUGGCCAAACAUCACCAUCUUGACCUGUCUCUUGAUUCUCGGCCUGCAUGAAUUUGGGACUUGUCAGGGCGGUAGAAGUUGGUCAUUUGGGGGGAUGGCGCUUCGCAUGGCCUACGCAUUGCAGCUUCAUAAAGAUCUCGACUACGACCCUCACAAGCUUAAUGGGACAAUUGAACUCAGCUUCAUAGAUCGCGAAAUCAGGAGGCGUACGAUGUGGUCCUGUUUUCUCAUGGACCGCUUCAAUUCGUCUGGAACUGAUCGCCCGAUCUUCAUCAAGGAGACCUCGAUGAAAGUGCAACUCCCGAUAAAAGAGAAGUACUUUCAGCUGGACAUGCCAGGGCCAACUCAAAGCCUCGACGGUGGCGUACCGCAUCCGAUUCCUCCCGGCGAAGGUCAACUUUCCGAUGCCGAGGAAAAUAUGGGCGUUGCCGCCUACAUGAUCAGAUCCAUUGCUUUGUGGGGUCGUAUUGUCGAAUACCUCAACCUGGGAGGCAAAGCCCAGGAUCCGCACCCAAUGUGGCAUCUGGAUUCAACUUACUCGCGUCUCGUUAAGCAGGCGGAGGCGUUUGAGACAUCCCUCCCAAAAUCCAUGCAGUAUAACGCGGAGAACCUCCAUACCCAUGCGACCGAAGCUCUUGCUAACCAGUUCUUGUUUCUCCACCUCUCCAUACAACAAAACAUCCUCUUCAUGAGCAAGAAUGCCGCAGACCAGCCAGGUGGGCGACCGCCACCCGACACCCCCAGGGAGUUUACCACAGAAGCAGGCAAGAAAGCUUUCAGAGCCGCGGAAAGGAUCACAGAGCUUCUGCGAGAAGGAGAGUCUCACUUCAUCACCGCUCCGUUCACCGGAUACUGUGCAUUUUACUCUAGCACUGUCCACGUUUUCGGGUCUUUCUCCAACAACCCUGCCACGGAGGAAGCAUCCAAGAAGAAUCUUGCUGUCAAUGUGCGAUAUCUGACCAAAAUGAAAAAGUACUGGGGGAUGUUCCAUUGGAUGACCGAAAGUCUCAAGCAGCAGUAUAAAGCGUGCGCCGACGCUCGUAGCCAGGGAGCACCUGCAAACACGGCCCAAGCGCCUCGAAUUUUCCAGUACGGCGACUGGUUUGAUCGGUACCCUCACGGAGUCUCACAUCCCGACUUUGAGGAUCCGGCAGUUGGGAUCACGGUCGAGAAGGGUGACGAUGCCGUCUACGGAGAGAAAUCUGGACUACAUACCGUGGAGCAAUUCUUCGGUUCCCUCGAGUCGCCGCAGACGCCCAACGAAGGUGCCAAAAACGGUAAACGCAAGGUACGGAAUCACCAGCCUGGCAGGCCGGAUCAACCCGCUCCUGUCAAUACCAGUGUUUCGAACAUGGGACCUGGAAGUAUGCAGAUGCAACCACAGAAUGUCCAGGUACUCCCAGCAUUCAACUCCAUGAGUCCUACCACGCCUGUGAAUAUGUACAGUCAUCCGCAGCAGCAACCAUGUUACUACGGCCACGACAUGCUUCGCCCGCAACAGCAAAACAUGCUGCCGCAACUCGACCGCCAACUUGUGUUUGGGGCCUAUGCCAACAUGGAUCCGGCCCUGAAUUCUCAGAACAUGCUCGAUGGUCACGGAUGGGAUAUGCAGAUGAACGGCGGUGGUAUGCCGGGAUUUGUGACAGAGCCGAGCAGUGCGUGGUUUAUGCCUUUCAACAUGGAACCCCCGGAUCUCGGACUGGAUCAAGAUGUUUUUAAUAGCGUGGGUGGCGCGUAUGCGAUGGGCGGCGGCGGUACGUCGAUAAUUAAUAAUGAUGAGAAUAUAGGCAACCACAUGAACGGAUGA